ACCCGACAGACCCCUUUCUUCUUUCUUCAAGCAUCCGGGGCCGAACGCUUAGGCUUCCGUCUUUUGCACGAUAGCUCCAUGUCUACUUUCUUUUGUGUCGUCUGUCUUUAUUAAAUGUUAAGUUUCAUGGUAGGAUAACUUGAAAGUGCUAGUCGUCUUUUGCGGCUCCGCCGUUUUUAUUCAGGUAGUACUAGAGUGGAGGUGCAGUUUUGCACUUGUCUCCUAAUGUUCGUUGCUGUCGGAUAACCUUAUAAAUACGUAUUUGGGGGGGGAUAGGAGGAAAACAUGAGGUCCUCCCACAAAGUACUUGUUGUCGUGAGCCUCCUCGCUGCAGCUUUCGUUAGCAGCAGCUCCGCUGAAUUCGCAGAUGUAACCGAUUGGUUGCAAAUCGGAGGCGAGGUGUUGGCGAAGAUAUUCCAUACCUGGGAGGUAGUGAGUCCGGAGGGGGAGCAUGAUGGACCAGGGGAAUACCGGGGACCCGAAUUACCAGGAGUUAGACGCAGGGAGAGGAAAUUACUGUCUCACAUUGCUGAAGUUAGUAGACUUGUUGGUCAAGUUCAACGUUCAGUUCAGGCAAGCUCGGAAGCAACUGUCCGAGCACUAAUGACUGACCUACCAGAUAUUGUGCGCCUAGAGCUCCGCCUUGAUCGAUUGACAGAAAUCAUGGAUGGAGUGGCAGUCCGUGAUGCUGAGCUCUCUGACUAUAUUAAAAAUGGAUAUGAUAAUUCCACUGAGCUCUUAGGCACAACUCCAGGCAGAUCUGCUUUUCGAGUGGAAGCACACACACUUCUCGAUUUUGCUAAUCAUGCUGUUGCACAUGAGGAAUCCUCCGUUAGAGGACUAAUGAGCAGAAUUAAUUCUCUUGUGGCCCCAACCAGUGGUCCUUUUCAUUCAAGAAGUAUUUUUGUGCUGCUAAAAGAUGCACUGAAAGAUCAGGGUGCUGGUGUCUUAUGUGGUACUCAGCAAUCUCCUCAGCAACUUUUACUGAAUCUCUUCAAUUCAAUUCAGCUUGUUCAGCUUCAAGGUUUUGCUGUAAUGCAAUUUUCGUGGAUGAUUUUGCGAUUAUAUGAUAAAGGUAAUUUUAGUGUAGAAGCAAAAAUUUAUGAACGCCAAUUCAAAAGGCAUCAGGAAACACAAGUUGGUGUAGUACGUGAUGUUUUAAAAACCGCAUCUCGAACAGCAUGGCGUUGUGAUCCUUCAGUUCAUGUUGAAGGUAGAACAUUUGAUCAAGUUACUCGCCUUCUUCAGGGUUUCCUGGUUAAUGAGGUUGACAUGAAUAGAGAGUCUAGCUGCAAGGACAAUUGUGCAGCUUAUAAUCUUGCUCAAACACACGGUUGUUACGAAGCCCAGUAUUGUGACCAGCAGCCUAAAUGCCAUGGCCAUUUGCAUGAUUGUCAAUAUUUUGAUGCUGACAUGUGGGUUUGUCCAUCGACUAACUAUACCAGGCGACGUUAUGAAUAUUUGGAGUUUGAAAAUGGUAAAGUACUUGGCAAGAAAAAACAAUGUCAUCAAGGUACCACUAAAGUAGACUCGUGGUGGCGAUAUCUGGCAUGGCACUGUUCAUAUUGCAUGUGUCUUUGUGAUGAAGAAAGUCUAUCUGAUCGUUACUUCAGUCUCCGCCCUGUCUUAUCAGACAUAUCAAACAACAAAGUUGUAACAGGUCUAAGACUUGUGAAGAAUAAUCGCGUCUUUCACUUUCAAAUUGAGCAAGGUGAAGUAACAUCAAAAGGUCUUAACAAAUCAGAGCUUGAUUGGAAAUCAGUUGAUGGGUUCUCCACGAACGGCAGAAAUGUUCAGGAAGGACAAGAUUUCUUAAAACUUGCCUGGAAUCAGAGAGCGAUUGACCUGGAUGACCUAGUUGCACCACCGGGCUAUGUUCUCACUGGUGUAUCCUUCAGAAAUAUUGGAGGCCACCUUAAUUUGAUUAUGCGAGCGACACCAAUUGAUAUUAGAACAGGAAAGCUACGCCCUGAAGGUAGUAUCUGGAUUGAUAAUCCUAACACACCCAACUCUAGAAACCCAAGAGUGAAGUUGAACUUGGACAAACCUGACAUAUCUACAAGAACAAUUGCGUCAUCUAUCCCAGAUUCACAACCAGACAUGUACAUGGAGUUCACCAACACUGAUUUUGAAGCAGAUGCUGCUCAAACUACAGUACCUUUCAUUGACAUUCAGUAUUUGGCACCUGAUCCACCUAUUCUUCUUAGUGGUGUUGGAAUUUUCCACAAAGGUCAGCCUAAUUAUGGGGGCUUUAUUGCCCUAAAAGUGUACACUUACGAUUUCAGCCAUGUUAUUGCUCCUCUAUCACCAAAUGAUGAAUUAGAAGGCAAUUCCGCAAAUGAAUAUUUUGUGGAACAGAAUGUGAAUUGAUGCUCUACAUUUGUUACAUACCUUAUAGUACGAACUUUAAUGUGUUAUUUGACUGACAAUUUUGUCACAGAAGAAAAUAUCUGGCAUCUACAUUAUCUCACUGCCACAUUUUGCAUUUAUUGUUUAAAGGAACUGCAAACUCUUUAAUUUUGUAGUCUUCAAUUAGAAUUGUACUCUUUCAUAAUGCUUUUAAAACUGUUUGUUAUGGCUAAUGCCAAUGCCCUAAUGGAAGGUAAAGAGUGUCUACGCCUUUAAAUAUACAUUGUAUUAUCUCAGCAUUGCUCUCCUUUGUCUCGUCAUGUCCUUUGCUUUUUAUGUACGGUCCAGAUCUUGUUAGAAAGAGUGUGGAGCCAGAUGCUGCACUGAACAGCAACCUCACAUGCUGUAUCAAUGUGCUCUGCGCCUUCCGUACAUAACUUUAAUCUCCAACUUGUCUGUAUAAUUGUAGCUAUGUCAUGUAUAAUUUGAUCUGAUAAACUUGAGUAUCAAGCUGUGUAUUUCAGGGUACAAAGUGUGUGAAUGUUUAUAUGAUUCCCUUCUUUCUCACGUAGGGCAAGAAAUAGACACACAUUAUCAUUCCUGAGCUGUGAUGAUAGUUGCAAAUAGCAAACUGAGUCUUUUUGUUUGGUGCAUUUCUCAUCGAGUAAAUUGUGUGCCAUCGUUAUACGUAAAUAUUUACGCAUCAUAGGAUAAGUAAGAAAUGUAAUUAACCUAUUUUACUGCAUGGUAUUUAUCUACUUGCUUUUUUAAAAUGAUGGGCUGUGCAAAGUGGGCAAAAUUGAUCAGAUGACCAAUAAUUUGGGGACAAAAGUGUGUAAUGAUAAACCAUAGCUAUCUUUUGCUAGUUUAUCAUGAAAGUAAGGUUUGUGUAAUUAUUGUUGGCUGUUGUUUUAAGUAACACCAACAUCACGGUCACCGGUUUCUUUCUUCCCUCAUACCAAAGUGUGUUGUUGAUAAAUGUCUGACAUAAGAAAGAGUCAUGUAGCUUGAGGGGCCGUUAAUAUAUUCGAUUCCUCGCAUAGUUUGUCUGGUUGCUGUGAGAAUAUUAUAGAAAAUAUCAUUUGUAUUGUGAUAUCAAUUCAUAAGCCCAAAUUGCAGUUAAAGAAAACAGUUAUUUAUGAAUCUUUUAUGAAAUAACUAGUAAUUGUUGUAUCUGGAAUCUGGUUGUGUAUUAUUAUUUUUAAAGUGUGAAAAGACACAGUGUAUUUUUAUCCUGCUUUCAUUUGUGUUCAUGUGUUUUUGCAAAUGCAUCACUGACCUCAUCAAUUUGACAAAUAUUUAUGCAAAAUAUGACUUUGGUGAUAGUGUGUGCUCAUUGCAUUGUAUUACCAUUACCAAAACAUUUCCAUUUGUUAAUUAAUUUCUUGUUUUGCAAUAUGAUAUUAUUUUAUGUGGAACAACUGUAUUGAUAUUCUCUAAUGUUACCCUUUUUUGCACAACAAGAUUUUUAAUUGUGUGAUCUGAUAAGAAGACUGUAGACGGAAAAAAUCAUCAGACAGGUUGUGUGAGAUUUAUGAAUAAAACUAUAUAAUCUAAUCUA